AUGCACGCAAGAACACAGUCCACUCGGCAUAGCCGGAGUCGCAUACAUCCAUACGAGAGUGAAGACAACGAGACACUCCUCGAAGACUCUGAGUCGAAUGAAGACAGCUAUCUUCCCAAAAAUGCAAUUGCGCCAGACCCCCAUGCCGCCUUGCCUGUCUAUGGCACGAUUCACGGAAUUCGGAGGCUCGUAAUUGCUAGCAUUGAUGAUCCGUACACUUUGGAGCAGUUGAAAGAACCAACGAUGAAUGAGUUGAUUGUGAAGCCCCUUGUGAGUAGGAUUUACGAUCCAAAAGAUGUCUCGAUAGUAUAUUGCCUACUUGUGAACCGCAUGCAGUUUCUCCGUGAGCAAUCCUCGCAAGGGCUCAACCAAUCUGUCAGUGCGAGCCGCGCCAUUAUCUGUGAGCAGGUAGCCACACAGCUCCUCCGCCGCUUUGACGACGAUCAUCCCGGGCCUGAAGGACUUCUUCUCUUAGCCAACAUUCUUGUGGCGGGCUUUGAGCCCUUUCAGAAUGCGCCAGAGUGUGUGUUGCGCAAAAAGCCUCUCCCGGGUCACUGGCCGGUCCAAAAGCGAGGAGGCUACGAACGAAAACUGACAACCCUGGAGAUCGCCAUAGUCUCCACGAGCAAGCUUUUCCUCAGCUCCCCAGCGGCUCAGAAGGUGGUCGACGCCGUAUAUCGAGGGCAGAUUGUGUACACUCCUCUCUCGUUCGUCGACAUCUUACCAGAUCACUACAAGCAUCGGCCAAUCUCACUCUACGAUCCCCGUCAGGCAUCUAUUCUCAAUCAAUACCGUCUGAUCGUCCCCCGCAUUCGCUUCAUACUCGAAGUUGCCCAAUUUGCUGUCCUAUUGACGCUGUACAUACUCACCUUGGCCUUCUAUAACCAGUCGCGUUUGACUGUCUAUGAGGUGGCGUUCUGUGUUUACACCACGGGGUGGAUAUUGGAAGAGUUUGCCGCUAUUAUCGAACAUGGAUGGCAAGUCCACACGCAGAACCUCUGGUCAUUUCUGGAUAUCACUUUCAUAAUCAUCUAUACGGUGUACUUCAUCGUUCGGAUGUACGCCUUGAGCACUGGGAAGCUCGAACCGGGACUAGGCCUCAAUAUCCUCGCAAUUGCCACCCCUGUCCUCCUCCCACGCCUGGCAUUCAACCUGAUGCCCGACAAUAUGUUGUUUAUUAGUCUUCGCGCCAUGCUGAAAGACUUCAUCGUUUUGACAUUGCUGGCGCUCUGGUGCUUUGCAGGAUUCUUUGUCUCCUUGAAGUGGCUCACUUACCUUGACGAAUCGACUAAACCGCGCGACAUACUCAACUCCGAGACCGUCUCGAAAUGGAUGCUUUGGAUUUGGUUCGGACUCGAUGGCACUGGAAUUGAGCGUUCCGUCGACUUCCACCGAAUACUCGGACCGACCGUGAUGAUCGUCUUUGCAUUUCUGGGAAACACUCUUUUUCUGACAGUCCUGGUGGCGAUGUUGACCAACACAUUUUCCAAGAUCGUGGCAAAUGAAAGUGCAGAGAUCCAGUUCCGGCGCGCGGUCCUCACAUUUGAAGGUGUCAAGAGUGAUGCAAUCUUCGCUUAUCGCCCGCCGUUCAAUGUACUAGCUCUUAUCCUCCUUCUUCCAAUGAAGCUCAUUCUCUCACCACGACGCUUCCAUCAAGUCAACGUUUUUGCAAUCCGACUGCUCAACGCUCCCAUCCUGCUUGUCAUAGCUGCAUGCGAGCGACCAUGGCUCUGGCGGGCAGCCAACGACCAUUCCCAAGGAUCGCCGAAACAUGGCAAUCUUACAGAAUGGAUCUUUUCAGGGUUCUCGCCCCACGGAGAUAUCCAGGCGGUAUUUGAUAUAAGAAAUCCGCAGGCGACUGUCGAGCAUUAUCACGGCUUCAACGUAUUCGAUCCACAUGUGCGACGAGACGAACUUUCUCCGAGGCAAUGA